UAGUCAAGUGUUGAGGACCUCUUCAAACUGACAUCAGUUGCGCGCGAGUAGUGAAGUGUUCAGGACCUCUUCAAACUGACACUGUUGUUGAAGAACUUGUCCGCGUGUGCUGAUUCCCCUGUUUAACAGUGAACAUGGAUGACAUUUUUGGAAGACUUAUUGCAUUUAUUCCAGGUGAUAGAGUUUGCAUAGACGAUAUCGUCUUCAGGUGGCACCACAAGGCGUCUGGUGUUCUUCUCUUUGCAUGUUCUUUAAUCGUGGCUGCGAUACGCUAUGUCGGCUACCCAAUUGAUUGCUGCACGGAAGACAUACCCACACAAGUCAUGGAACCCUACUGUUUGACCAAAGGCACCUUCAUCAUAUCUCAAAAACACACCAAUGAAGACUUCAUCCAGACGAACUACGUACCUGGAUUAACGGACAUAACAGUGCAAUCCUACUACCAGUGGAUGCCGUUUAUUUUGGUGUUUGUUGGCUUGUGUUUCAAAGCUCCUCGAUACCUCUGGUUGUACUGGGAAGGCGGCAGGAUGGACACUAUCGUGUCAUUCAUGAACUCUCCAAUUUAUGACGAAGGCGAAAAGAACGAGUGGAAGAAGAUCCGUGUGGAUUAUUUUUACUCUAACCAGAAACGUCUUAACUUUUACGCUUACAGAUAUUUCUUUUGCGAAUUUCUAAAUCUAGUAAACGUCCUGGCCCAGAUGUAUCUGAUGGACUCACUUCUUGGUGGUGUGUUUAAGACAUACGGCUGGGAAGUAUACUCUUUCUCUUCAGAGAAUGAAUUUGACCGCGUCGACCCAAUGGCACUUAUUUUUCCUAAAUUGACUAAAUGCACAUUCCGCGGUGUGGGACAUUCUGGAACCGUCAUCAUCAGUGAUGCUCUUUGUAUACUUUCUAUCAACGCAGUCAAUGAGAAAAUAGUUCUGGUGCUCUGGAUUUGGUAUAUAGUACUGGGCCUAUCAACCGUCAUCACCCUGCUGACACGUGUUCCUCUCUUCUUCUCCAAGCGCAUACGUGCAUUCACUCUACAGAUGCUUAUGUACAACUCACACCGCAUCGAGGCAAGGGAAAUCAUGUACGCAUCAAGCAUUGGAGACUGGUUCAUGCUAUCCCAGGUAGGAAAAAAUGUCGGCCCACGCAUUUUCCAAGAAUUAAUUGUAGACCUUCAUGCAAAGACUUAUCACACAGCAUAAGUAUAAGUACAAAGAACUCUUAUUGUUAUUUUAUCAUUUUUUGCAAUUCAUACUAUAUUUGAUUUAUUAUGUUCCUUUUACUGUCAAGUUUGAUAUAGUAACUUGAAAGUAGUAAUGUUUUAUGGCAGAUUCUAUUGGUGGUAAAAUCUACCAUUGUUAAAUUAAUUAAAUAACAGUUUUAUACCCAGACAGUACUCUUUGGUUUAUUCAAUACAAGAUUAAUUCAAACAUAUGUGUUUCUAUUUCUUAAUUUUCUAUCAUAAAAACUCACAUUGUGUUGUUGAAGUUAGCUUUUCACUUUUGUUUAAAUUAUAAUCUAGUAUUUGAUUCAUAUUUUCUUCUUUAUAAAUCUUUUCACGAUAAAAUUAAGAUUUUGUAGUUUUCCUAUACAAGGCCAUUAUUUAUUUAAGAUUAAUUAUCUAGGCUAAGUGUAUGCAUUUAAAAUUUCUUGAUUGUUGUGUUAAUUAAAGUGCAACAAGGUAUAAUGUGUUCAAAAAUAGUAUUUUUAAUUUGUUAACUGCCAAUUUCUAGAGAUUUAUAAUUUACAUAAUUAGGAUUUUCUACAAUUUUUAUACAACACAAUGACUUAUUUUUGAAAUUUUUUGCUGCCUUCAUUGUUAUGCAUUUAUUUGCUCAGUUUCAUACAUCAAUUAUUUUACACAAAACUGUUAAUUGUUUAGUUUAACUUUAUAGAAUCAGUUAAGUGUUGUAUUGUGUUUUAAAAUGUGUAUUUUUAUAUUUCACUUUCCUUAUUUAGGUUUAAUAGAGAGUCAUGGCUCUUUUUAAAGUUCAUUAUACAGUAAUGUGAAUUAUAAAAGUUCAGUUUUAUAUAAUUAGGGUGUAUAUCUGUGUACCUUGGACAUGGUUUAAUAUGAUUUAAAUGUUGACUGUGUACUCUGAAAUAUAAAACAAAUUGCAUUUGUGUUUAUGAGAUUUGUGUGUGUUCAUUAAAGAGUAACAAAGUAUAAUGUGUUUUAAAUAUAGUAAUUUUAACAUCUUAACAGAUAAUUUCUAAAGGUGACUAUUUUAAUGAGGAUUUUCUACAAUUCUUAUACAAUACAAUGACUUAUUUUAUGUAAUUUUUGAUCAUUUUUUCUGUCUUCAUUGCUAUAUAUUUACUUGCUCAGUUUCAUAAAUAAAUUUAUUUUGAUUUAUUAUUUCCUUACACGUAAAGUCCAGAUUUUAAAAAUGUUAUGAAAUAUUUAUAUAUGUUUUGUACUGAACUGUUAAUUGUUUGAGUUAAACGUUAUAGAAUCAGUUAAGUAUUGUAUUGUGUUUUAAAAUAUGUAUUUUUAUAUUUCACUUUCCUUAUUUAGAUUUAAUAGAGAGUCAUGGCUCUUUUUAAAUUUCAUUAUACAGUAAUGUGAAUUAUAAAACUUCAUUUUUUAUAGAAUUAGGAUAUACUUUUUUAUAUAAAAAACAAGUAGUAGUAGCCUAGUAGUGAUAUAUAUUUGAGUUCCUUGGUUAAGUAUGAUUUAAAUGUUAAUUGUGUACUCUGAAAUAUAAACAAACUGGAUUGUGUUUCAGAAGAGAGUACUUUCACAGAUCUAGGAGAUAGAUUUUAAUAUUUUGAUUACUGUUCUGUUCAUAUAGUGAACAAGCUAUAUAAUGUAUGUUUCAAAAUAUCAAUUCAAAUGUAUUAAUAAAGUUUUAUUGUGUUUAUGA